AUCUGCUAUGGCGACGGGUAUUCUAAACGAAUCUGCCCAGAGUGAUGACACAUACACGAAUCAGAUAUUAACGCUAGUGAUACCAUUUUGGCAGAAGACAUGCAUAGAAUUGGCUAUAAAAUCGAAACAAAUGGAUUUCCUUGACCAGCUAGCAGUCCGCAAUCUGUUUGGAACUAUUUGGAAUGGAAAACUCGAGGAUACAACUACGUUGAAGUUUUUCUCUUGUAUAAUGUGUCCAGCGUUAUCGCUAAAACUAUUGAAUUACAAAACGGACAAAAGUACGACCAAGUACAACACAGUCAAACGAACAGCACCGAAAAAGAUCUGUGCAAACCUUGGCAAGAUCAAGGACUUCUUACAAGCUUCAAAAACAAAACUUGCGUAUAAUUUGAUAUCGUAUGUGAUGUUUCUGAGCCUUUUCGCGUACGUACUGCUGUUUAAUCUCGCAUCAACGAUCUCGAACUUGGAAUAUGUAUUGAUGACAUGGGUAUUGGCUAUACUGGGAGAAGAAAUAAGACAGAUGGCUACGUCGAAUGAGAAAAAAGAGUACUUCUCGAAUGGAUGGAAUAUCAUUGAUAUGUGUACAAUCGCCAUGUUUUUUAUCGGAUUUGGACUGCGAUUCAAACACUUUGAAGACGCAUUGGAUUGGCCCAGAGUCGUGCUUGCUGUCGAUUUUGUAGCGUUCUUCUUCAGACUGAUCCACAUCUUCUCUGUUCAAAAUAUUAUUGGUCCCAAACUUAUUAUGAUUCAACAAAUGUUAAAGGACCUGGUGUAUUUCCUUGUUAUUUUGGUGGUGUUUGUAUUAUCGUACGCGAUUGCCUCGCACUCCAUCCUCUUCCCUGAUUCUCCAUUUACUUGGGAAACAUUUCUACAAAUAAUAAGAAAGCCUUACUGGAAUCUUUAUGGAGAACUGUUUCUAGAAGAUACGGAAGGUAUGUAUGUGUCACCAAAACAAAUCUAA